AUGUCUGUAGAUGGAGAUGAAGGGGCGCAGACCGUCGAUGGUGACGAGCCUACCCUCUACGAGAAGCGCACCUUGCGCCGCGUUGGAGAGAAACUGCCUAAAGCUGCCUACAUUGUCGCGGUUGUAGAGCUGUGCGAGCGCUUCUCCUACUAUGGUGCCCAAGGUCUUUUCCAGAAUUAUAUAACGAAGAAGAGUGGACUAGGAAAGGGGCGCACGACUGCUACUGCUCUGACCAUCUUCUUCACUUUCUUCUCGUACUUAACUCCGAUCCUUGGUGCCAUCUUAGCAGACCAGUACUUUGGUAGAUACAAGACGAUUCUUGGAUUUGCUGUUGUGUAUACGAUCGGCUUGCUGAUACUCUGGGUCACUGCACUCCCUGUGGCUCUUGAACACGGGGCUGGCUUCGGAGGAUUCAUCGCCGCCAUCAUCACCAUCGCACUUGGAACGGGAGGGAUCAAAUCUAACGUCGCGCCGUUGAUCGCCGACCAGUACCACCGAAAGACGAUGGCAAUCAAAACUCUUGCGAAGACCGGCGAGCGGGUGAUUAUCGACCCAGCUAUCACAUACCAUCGAAUCUAUCUCGUGUACUACGGAUGCAUCGAACUUGGAUCCCUGUCUAUCAUUGGAACCCCUUUCAUGGAGAAGGACUACGGGCAUUGGGCGCCGUUCCUUCUGACCUUUUGCAUGUUUGUUGUGGGUAUCACCAUCCUCAUCCUGGGCCGCCGAUACUACACCGUCCGCCCCCCACAAGGGUCUAUUAUACAAACCGCUUUCAAAGCAGUCGGCCUCAUGAUCCUCGGCCGCUCUCUCGACGCCCCCAAACCCUCCGUCCGUGCCAUUAAAGGGAAAACAACUCGAGUGCCCUGGGACGACCACUUUGUCGAGGAGCUCAAACGCACCCUUAACGCGUGCAAAGUCUUCGCCUUCUUCCCCAUCAUCUGGGUCUGCUUCACCCAAAUGUCGUCCAAUCUCGUUGCACAAGCCGGACAAAUGGACGGACAUGGACUGCCGAACGACUUCAUGCAGAGUCUGGAGCGCAUCGUGAUUCUUCUUUUCUUGCCGCUGCUUGAUCAAGUCAUCAUGCCCCUUCUGCGGAAGAGGAGGAUCCUGUUUCGGCCAAUUGCGCGGAUCACGACCGGAUUCUACUGCAUUGGUCUUGGAGUCGCGUACGCAGCUAUCGUACAGCAUCUCAUCUACAACGCGGGCCCUUGCUGGAAGCACCCACUGGCUUGCAAAGCCGCAAAAGCAGGAGGCCACAGCGCUGACCCGUUGCCGAAUCAUGUCCACAUGGCCAUCCAGACGCCGCUCUACGUAUUCUUUGGCUUUGCGUCUAUCUUCCUCAACGUUACUGGCCCUGAGUAUGCGUACACCAAGUCGCCGCCGUCGCUCAAGAGCUUCAUUCAGAGCCUGUAUCUCCUGACCGUUGCGUUCGGAGCGGCGCUUGCCGAGGCAUUGGUGUCUGUUAGUAGUGAUCCGAAGAUUAUUUGGAUGUAUGUGGGAAUUGCGGUUUCUGUCUUUGUUAUCGGGACGGUGAUGUAUCUCUAUUUGGGGUAUUUGGAUAGAGAGGAGGAUAAGUGGAAUGACUUGGAUAGGCAGGAGGCGGUGAUUACACGGGAGAAGAAGAGCGGUUGAUAACGUGGGUGCUCAUGGAACGGAGGAGGCACCGCCGUAACAUUUGGGUAGGAAAACUCCUCCUUAUUGAGGAGCUAUGUCUUCGCCUUUCUCUAUGGCUUUAACUAUUUUCAGCCUCCCUUGGAUGUGGCUUCCAUCCUCUCUCUACGCACAUAUACAAGAUUUCAUUACCAAGGAAAGCAGAAAUGACCGUC